CAUCACCUGACGAUGACAUGUUAUUUUUUUACUGCAGUGGUAUUUUUUUUAGCUCGUGAUUCAUUUUCUCCUGUGUAAAGUCGAGACAGACGCAUUAACAGCUGAAUGACUGGCUGUUAAAUUACAGUCGAGGACAACAGUUUGUUUUAACACUGGGCUGACGGCUUCAAUUACCCAGAAUGCCUCGCUUGUUGCCGUCUGGCGAAGGAGUGACUGUGUAGAAUAGAAAUAUUCAGCUACAUUUGACAUUCAUUAAGUUGUUGUUACUAUGCAUUUUUGCUGCAUGAAAUAAGACGCCAAGGGAAAGAAAAUAACUGGGGAAGGCGAAAUCUGUUGUUGUCAAUACGUCAGCAAUGCCUCUCUUCACGACCAACCCAUUUGACCAAGAUGUUGAGAAAGCAACCAGUGAGAUGAACACAGCUGAGGACUGGGGCCUCAUUCUGGACAUAUGUGAUAAGAUAGGGCAGUCACGCACUGGGCCUAAAGAAUGUCUCCGCUCUAUAAUGAGAAGAGUGAACCACAAGGAUCCCCAUGUGGCAAUGCAGGCACUGACCCUCCUUGGCGCUUGUGUUUCAAACUGUGGGAAGAUAUUCCACUUGGAGGUGUGCUCCAGAGAGUUUGCCAGUGAAGUCAGUAACGUCUUAAACAAGGGCCACCCCAAAGUGUGUGAGAAGCUGAAAGCCCUGAUGGUGGAGUGGGCAGAGGACUUCCGUAACGACCCCCAGCUCAGUUUGAUCUCAGCCAUGAUCAAGAAUCUACGUGAGCAGGGUGUCACUUUCCCAGCUGUAGGGUCCCAGGCUGCAGAGCAAGCAAAAGCAAGCCCUGCUUUAGUGGCAAAGGAUCCCUCCACCUCAACAAACAAAAAAGAAGAAGAAGACCUGGCCAAAGCUAUUGAGCUGUCGUUGAAGGAGCAACGCCAGCAGCCACAGGGCUCCCUGUCGAGCCUUUACCCGAGCACCUCCAGCCUGUUGUCCUCACACAAGUCCGAUGGCAGGAAAGUCCGCGCCAUCUACGACUUUGAGGCCGCUGAAGACAAUGAGCUCACUUUCAAGUCGGGAGAAAUCAUCACUAUCCUGGAUGAUAGUGACCCCAACUGGUGGAAAGGAGAAACAUACCAGGGAGUGGGGUUGUUCCCCUCUAAUUUUGUCACAGCUGACCUCACUGCUGAGCCUGAGAUGAUAAAGACAGAAAAGAAGACGGUACAGUUCAGUGAGGAUAUCCAGGUGGAGACCAUCGAGCCCGAACAAGAGCCUGUCUAUAUCGACGAGGACAAAAUGGACCAGCUACUGCAGAUGAUCCAGAGUGCAGAUCCCACGGACAACCAGUCAGACAGUGUCGAGCUACUACAGUUGGAAGGUGCCUGCAAUCAAAUGGGACCCCUCAUUGACCAGAAGUUGGAGGAUAUAGACAGGAAGCACUCAGAGCUGUCAGAGCUGAAUGUGAAGGUGAUGGAAGGUCUGUCUUUGUACGCCAAGUUAAUGAAUGAAGAUCCAGUUUACGCCAUGUAUGCCAAGCUGCAGAGCCACCAGUACUACAUGCAGCAGCCUGCCAACGCAGCACAACAGGUCUACCCUGGUCAGCCUGCAUCAGGUUCGUAUGCCAUGAGUGGUCCAGCCGUGCAGGGUUACACUGUUCCCAUGGAGCAGCUUCCAGCUGGAACCUCCAUACCUGGUCAGCCAGCUCCCAGUGACGUUCAUAUGUACAUGGGCCAGCCGCCAGUCUACACUGCAGCUCCAGGCAGCAUGGCCCCAGCAGACGUUCAGUGUUACCAGACCCCAGCCGGCGCCCCAGGCACGACUCACGCAGGCAUGACCCAGACGCCAAACUACAGCAACCCCUCUGGCCCGAGCAUAGCACAUUCCUCAGACCCCUCACAGACCCCCUACUCAGAGAAAGCCUUGCUAUAGGGCCCCCCCAAGCUCACUGUAAUCCUCACGCACACACCAGACCUGAUCAAACAGUGGUGGUAGAUCAUUUCAUUUAUUAGGUUUUUAUCAUUUGUUUUAUCGUGGAACACCAGAUUGACGGGGGGGGGGUUCAAAUAAAGUAGGCUAACCUUAACAAUUGGCACUCUAACAUAUAAAUAAAUAUACAGUUGCACUCCAGGUUUAGAGAUGAUCAGGAGGGUUUGAUCUUGAAGAAGUUGCAUUUUCACUCUUCUUCUUCUUGUCUUUACAUGACUCAGCUGUGAAGACAUGAAGGAGCUUUCAGUUGCACUUUUAUCAUUCAGGCCUGAUCACUUCCAAAUCUAGAUCUGAUAGCAAUAGUGUCCAUUUCUAUGUACAUGACGUGACAUUUAUCGCUUCCUUUUUAUGAUAGGACUAUUGAAAAAUUGUGGUAGAAGGAACUACAUAAUUUGGGACUACUUAUUUAGGCUUUUGGGAUUUCCUUAAAAAGAUUAUUUUUUAAACCCAAGUAAAUAUUCAUUUAUUAGUCAUUUGUUGCUGGACGCUUUAACCUUCAUACUAGAUAUAGUUUUGGAUGUUCAGCUUGACCUACUGUGUACUGACUUAAGACUUUUUAGAUUACACUUGCAAUUAAUUGGAAGUGAAUGGAACUGUUUGUCUACUGUAUUUUACUCAUAAUUAGUCUCAAAUCCAGAAUUAUUCCUGGAAAGUUCCUGGGAAAUUAUUAAGAAAUUGCAGACCUGUUAAAUACAGUCUUACCAAAAUUGCAUUGAGAAAACAAGUGUAACUGUAGCCACUUCGACCUAACAACAAAAAAAAUUAUGCAUUUGCUGUCUGAUCAAGUGUGAAACAAACCCACACAGACAUCACCCCUCAACAUGUCCACUGGAGCGACAAACGCAAUACUCACACACACUACAGGCAGGUGUACAGCGGUGGAAACACACACAGUUGCACCAGUUGUUUCACACAUCCUCAUCAUGUGAUCAUUUACCUUCACUCACACACUAAUGUGGAGAGAAAUCCGCAACAUGCCACAGCCUUCUCACCCACUUAAAACAACUGCUAAUCAUGUAACAAAAAAAACGGGCAACAGCUUACAUUCACGUUCUUUUUUUUUUUUUUUUUUUUUUUAUCAGAAAAAAUGACUUUUGUUGUUGCUGAAAACAUUGAGCUACUACAUUCUGUAUAUGUCGCCAACAUUUAGAAGUACUGAAAACUGAAGCCACUUUGUUUUUUUUCUUGGAGGGAAAAGAAACCAGAGGAAUUGAAGCAUGCACAUGACUCUUGUAUAUACUGUACUGAACUAGUAGUGAAGCCACAUGAUGACCUCAUGAGUGGGCCGUAUGUUAGCACAGCCCCUGGUGUUUCUCUCAGCCUUAAAGGUGAACUCUGCAGUCAAGAUGUCCCUGCUGAAUUAAGGGUGUAAAAGCCAAAGAGAACAAAGUUGCGGGGUGGGGGGAGGGCACUCACAUGAUUUUUGAAAACAAGAUUUUUGUUCUUUUUUUUCUUUUCUUAACAUGAUCGACUCCUAACUUAAUGCUGCAGAGUUUUCCUUUUUCAAAAUGAGCAGCUCUUGAUCCUUGUUAGUGGAUUUAGGAUUUGCUCUGUCCAUUCUGGGGCUGUACUAACAGACUCGUACGACAGACUUGGCUACUAAGGGGCAAACGCUCUAAACAGCCCCAGUGUCUUUAAAGCAUCUCUUUAGUCAGUGUGGAAAAAUGAAUACUAUGUUUUUGUAGUGCAUUUUAAUUUAUGUUUUGAUUAUUGUUAUGCUAUUUUAAAUGGAGAAGUAGUGCGGGAUGUAUGUAUUCAGAGAAAAGCGGAAUAUGUGAAAUUCUGCCUAGCUGUAUAUUUAAAUCGCUCACAUGAAAACAUGGACAUUUCUCUGUGUUUGAUACAUGCUUAUCGUACUGUAGGGUCAAAUGGUAAUGUGAAAAACUGAUCGAACCUCCCCGUGCAUUUAAAACCUCUCAGAGCUGUAUAACACUAAAAACAAUUUCUACCUGAAGCUGAACUGAAAUAAAGUUUCUGAUUCUGGAAAGUACAGUUAGGAGCUAACAGUUACAGUGACAUUUUGAGGCAUUUAAGAUUAAAUGUUGUACAAACUCUACUUCUCAUACUUUCCGUACUACUACUUACUACAUGUUAAAAAUCUGUAGGAAAGGGUUAACAAAUACUGAUUGGAUUGCAAACAGCUGAUGAAACAGGAAAAUAAUGUAUCUGUUGUAUAAUAUUGAAUGAUGCUACAUGAAGGAAUUAUGAAGAUAUUUUAAUAGGUUAAACCACAUUUUCCAGUUGCAGGGCAAGUUGUUGUUUUGCUCUGACUGUAAAUUUCUGUCAUUUCAAUUUUUCUUGAGAUACUCUGUUUCAGAUGUACUUGUCCUUGCCAUCCCUGUGAUGGAAUAUAAACAACCCACAACUUAAACUUGGUACCUGGGACUUUGCAUUGAAGAAGCCAGAACCUGAUUUUAGCAUUAAUAUAGUUGAUUCAUUUUGCUGCCUUCAACUAAUAAUGCUAGAGUGAAAUAGUGUUAAUCUGUUGAAUCAAAGAGGGCUGAUAAUAUAAAAAAUAAAAAGUAGCAGCUAUUCUGGGACAACAGGACCAGGAGCCAGUUAAUCAUCACACACACCAUCCAAACGUAACAUCUUGUUGCACCACAGUGUUGGACUGCAGCCCCAAUGUAACUUUUAUUGCACAGUGUUGAGAUGCUGCCUGUUUUUAAGUUUUAAAGACAUUUAUUAUUGUUAUUGUAAAGUUUCUGUCUAAACUUGUACCCUGCUGUUUGUAUGUAUUAUUUUAACCAUACUUAUUAAUUGGUAUUCACAAUAAAACCAGGCCAAAUGUACAGAA